AUGAGGCUACGUUUCCAAUCGGAGGGAAAAGAACCAGAAGUGAUGGACUUGUUGAAAAGUGAAGUAACAUACGGAGCAAUUACAGGUGCAACAAGUUUAAGCAUUUUGGACAAGAUACCAUCCAGUCCUUGGCCAGGAGACACACUAUUAAUGAGCGCAUUCUCAACUUCGUUGACGGAGAAGGUGCACAGAGAAAACAUGGGAAGGUUGAAACUUUGUUUUCCGCUUGUUGGUGGCGGUGGUAGUGGUGGUGUUGAUGGCGGUGACGGUAGCAGUAGUGGUCGUGAUGGUGAUGUUAUUGGUACCGAUGGCAUCGGUGAUAGUGGUGGUGGUAGUAGUGGUGGUGGUGGUGUCAGCGGUAGUAGACUUUGCCCUUAG